GCCGGGCCUGGCGGAUUGUGAUAAUAUAAUAAAUACGGCGCCGGCCGUGGCCUCCUUCCUCCUCCUGAGGGCCAAGAACCAACCCUAGCCGCACCAACGACCAACAAGCCAAGAUCCAUAGUCGCCGUUGACCGAAGAUGGCGAUGGCGGCUCUCCGAUGCGCCGCCGGAAGGAGGCUCGCCGGUGGCGGCCACCUUCUACCGCCGGCGCUCAGCCGGCUUCGCCCCGCCGCUCCCGGCUUGGGCCGCCCGAAUCUCACGCAGGCCUUGUCAUCGCACGGGAAAGAAGAAGCCGGGAGGGAGGUCCUGGAGCAGAUCCAAGAGAAGAAGGAGAGGCUCUACGACCUCAUCCUGCGCCACGGCUAUAAGCGCAACGACGGCUCCAUGUGCUACUCAAACGUCCAGCUCAUGCACCAUCUCUCGGCGCACAUCAAACCUAGGCCCCAAAGCAUCGCCUGGCGUUACCUUCGCAAAGUACAUAGCCUCUAUAUUCUCUGGAUGUGCUUAAGCCCUGGCGUAAGCGCCUACGCAAUCUGGAACAUCUAUAAAGCGGGGGGAAACAACUUGGGUGCUGUUCAACAGGGAGGACAAGAAUUGAGUAACAAGAAUUGCAUCGGUCAGGGGGAAGAAGUGCUUGUCUGCUGAAGGUUGUCACUGAAGACUGUCAAUGGACUAAUGGAGAAUCGGUUGAUAGUGAUGUCUUUGAGAAUUGCCGGUCGCCUCCCUUUCUGUUUCCUUGACUAUCCUCUGACGUUGUGUAAUGAUGCUUAACUGAUCUGUCUAGUUAUUUUGUGAGAUUUGCAUGUCCA